UAUAAAUGUGUAAUAUAAAACUUGCCGUUUCUUCUCAGUGGUGCCAAUGAUUGACGCCAAGCGAUAUUUCGCUUCAAGUUCAGUUAAGUAAUUGUGAUCAUGCUUGGGAAGAGGAUCAAUUCGAUAAUAUGUUAUAAGCUAGUCAUGUUUACUGAACUAAAGAAAAAUGUGCCGUCUGUAUUAUACAGGAACACUUCAAUGUGCAUGCACUUAAGAAAAGGACCGGACAGUUGCCUGUUUUACCGCAUGUUUUGCACAAUUUAAUGAAUUUCAAGCCUCGCGUUCAUCUAUAGUCUCACUGCACUGAUUACGAUCGAUUAGGGUCGUAAUACGACAUCUAGGCUAGCAAUAAACUGAAUACGCCAAGAAUUAAAUGCGGGGAAAAAGGACUAUACGUUCUCCCCUUUUUCAAUUUAUCCAUUUCUAACCUUAACAAACCCUAAUAGGUUGUGUCUUUGCUAAUAUAUAUUUGGUGCCUGUAUCUGCCAAUUUGUUUGCAGUUAUAUAUUCAAAAUUUUAUCAGUGAUAGUUGUUCAUUUAGUCGAUAAGUUGCUCUCAAGUAGAUGAGUCACAGCAGUCAACUUGUGCACAUGCAGCCUAUAAAUUCUGCCUGUCUGAUUUUUUUGCAUUCAUUCCUUCUUUUUUAGAAUGUCAAUGUUACAAAUAGCUGCUCAUCAUAGCGUUGGCUGUUCUUACUCUGGCAUGAAUUGUAUCCAGAAAUCUUUAUUUAUACUUUCACUCUUUAAUGUAUUUCAUAUACAACGCGUAUUUGGGAGAAAAGAAAUCGUAGAAAAAAGAGCAUGUACAGAUCUUUUUGAACGUUCUGUAGUGAAAAGUGCUGGAAAUGCCCCAUAUUGGGGUCACCAUUUCAUGGAAAAAAUCUGCGCGAUAUGCCAAGCAGACAACCAACUAAAAUCUUGGCUCCUGACAAGACCGUUUGAAACAAAAGAUUACGAAUCAAUACAUGUAGGUCUUGAGAUGGCCAGAACGAGAUGUGAAAAAUGCAAAAAUCAGAGAAUAAAGGUUUACAUUUUGCAUCACAACUCAAUGCAAACUCCCAGGACUUCACCCGAAAUGUUAGGAAAUCUUACGUUGGUGGAAACUCUCGUGAACAAAGUAGACUCAGCCUAUGAAUUCCAUAAUUUUUGGUUUGUGCCUGAGAAAUCAAAGUUUUCCCUGGUGCUCCUGUCUGAAGGUAGUUGUACGAGGAUUAAAAUAAUCGAGAUAUCCGCUUUCGUAUGCGAAAGAAACAUUAUCAAAGGCGUUAAUCUGACCCGCACCAUUUCUCCUGCUACUGGAUUUAAAAGAAAGAAUGCAACAUGUAAUAUGAAAAACGCGCUGAAUCUAGAAAAUGCUGAGCCAUAUGGUUUGUGUUCAAGCAAUGGAACGUGGGAUGUUCAAUCUCCGUGCAAGUGUAAAAUAGGAUUUGCCAUCGGUACCGUUGGAUAUUGCGUAGAAUGUAAAUCCAAUACAUACAAGUCGUCAAUUGGAAAUGAGAAGUGCACUCCUUGUCCAAAAAAUUCCGUGAGUGAGAAAGGACAAACUCAGUGUCAGUGCAAUGAUGGCUUCUAUCGUUUUGAAAGGGCAAAUUAUGGGCAUCCAUGUUAUGGAAUUCCUUCGGAAGUAAGGUACAUCAAAGUUUUGGAGAGAACUGAGACCACGAUUACGUUGCAAUGGCAACAGCCUCAGAAGCAGUACCAAGGUGCCGUGUAUGAAAUAGAGUGCAAUAAAUGUCCAUUAAGCACUGAUAGUGCACCAUGUGAAGAGCAGUGCGGAAGAUCAGUGACGUUUAUACCAUCACAAACUGAUCUCAAGUACACGAAUGUGAUAAUACGGGGUCUGGAACAAAACACGGAAUACCAGUUUGUGAUUUAUUCCAAGAAUAAAUACAGUGACCGCAUCAAUAAGACUAACUGGAAAAAUAGUGUGAAGAAAAUUAAAACUGAAGUUGACGAAGGCGGCGCCAAUGACAAGUUGAAAACGCCAGAGAUAAUUGCAAUUGCAUUUGGAGUAGCUAUUUUCUUGUUCAUUAUCAUCGUGGUUGCUUUACUAUUUCGGCGAAGACGAUCGGCUGCACAGUCCUUGGAAGGCGACGUCAAUUCUAAGAAUAAUGGACAAAAUUCAUUGCUUGUACUAGAAACGCUUCAUAAUCGGAAUAUUGAAGCUGAAUAUGUCGAUAUAUUGGAAGACUGGGAGAUCUCACCACGCGAUCUGAAGGUUCUGAACAAGAAUCUAGGAGCUGGCCAUUUUGGAGUCGUAAAACAAGGCUUGUAUAAACCUCAAAAUGGCGAUCCUGAGAGGGUUGCUGUAAAAAUGUUGAAAGAAAAUGCGGCCGAAUCCGAGUUAUUGGAUCUUCUGGCUGAGAUAAAGGUCUUGAAAGAAGCCAACAAGGAAAAACACCCAAAUAUCAUAAAAUUUAUUGGAAGUUGUUUUAUGAAAGGGAGACUCUUGAUGGUAACUGAGUUUUGUCCUGGAGGAAAUCUGCGAAAGUUCCUAAUCAAAAGUAGAAUCAAUGAUAACUCGUCAGAUUCACACAAUAUUUAUGUCAAUAUAACAUCAACAAUAAGCGAUCGUCAGUUGUUGAAGUUAGCUGUGGAUGUCGCUUGUGGAAUGGUUCAUCUUUCCUCUCAGAAGUUUCUUCAUCGGGAUUUAGCGGCAAGAAAUAUUCUUCUUGGCAAAGAGAGCGUGGCAAAAAUUUGUGACUUUGGUUUGGCCAGAGAUGUUGGAAGUGCUGAAGAAUAUAUACGAAAUACGCAGAAUCUUCUUCCAGUGAAAUGGAUGUCCGUGGAAAGUUUAUUUGAUGGUGUCUUCACAACUGCAAGUGAUGUGUGGAGCUUUGGCGUUCUUCUCUAUGAAAUCGCAACUCUCGGUGAGGAACCAUACAAGAACAUUCCAGCACGUGCUGUUAUCACUCACGUGGAAUCAGGAGGUCGAAUGUCAAAACCUCCACAUUGCUCCAAUGAGGUAUAUGAACUAAUGUCAAAUUGUUGGAAAGUUGAUCCAAAGGAGCGACCCACUUUCCCAGAAAUAUUCCAGGCUUUACGUGAUAUGCUGAAUGAUAGAGAGCAUACGUACAUUAACGUUACUCAAGUAAAAGAUGGACUACAGAUGGCGGUUCAGUCUGCUGUGAGAGGGUGACUAUACGAUGAAAUGAACGGAUUUCUCACAUGAUCUAUGAAGUGGGCUGAAGUUCUUGUUUUUCACUAUAUUCAAAUAGGAAUUCCGGUAAUUUAGUACGGAAAAUCAAUAAUACAAGCAUAUUUGGAAGUAGAUUUCCACAUGUAAAUGUAUUGUGAUAUUUUCAUUAUUUUUUGGGAUUGUAUAUUGUAUUUAGUUUUAGAUCUUAAGGAUGGUUCCAGAAUCCAGAUGUUUCCAAAGUGUCAAUAUAAUAAUUUUGGGAUAAUCGGCGAUGCUGGCUCAAUUGCUUUACUUGGCUUAAUACAUGAUAGCAAUGUCGCAACGUUUUAGGUUGUAAGGUUGGGUGGUGAUUUUUGCCUGAUGCUUCCUUAAUUAAGAUAUACAUUAGGCUAGGAACAGAACUAGUGUUUCAACAUAAUGACUUAGAAAUUACAUAUGAUAUACAGAUUUAUGUUCCCAACAAAUUUUGAAAGUUCCGGUGUUAAUUUCGGUUGCC